GAAAACAAACGUGGAGCUUGCAGUAAAACUCCAUUAGAGACUGCUCAUCACAGUGCGUAGACAACUGCAAAGUAAACACAGCCCAUUCGAGAGUACACAUCGAUCUGUUAAUUCAAUUAUAAUAAUACCUCUCAAUUCUUUAGCUUAUAAAUUAGGGACAAAACCAGAACUAAUGAUUGUUCCUCAACUCUCCCGCGUGAACUGUAAGAACAGAAUUAUUUGUAUCUACAUGCAUAUUUCUAAGACAGAGUCUAGAAGCAUCCUUAACAAUUUGCGAUGAAAAUAUACUAACUGCAAUCAUCAUGCAUUUACCAGAAAAUCAGAUAUUUUAUGGAGGGCUCGACAAAAACGGGGACAGUUGAGAGGUAUGGGGAGACAUAUGCCUUAUAAACUUGUAGUGCAUGUUCCUUGUAUUGUCAUAGUCUGCAGUUUUCCAAGUGGUGACAGGAGGCAUUAGGUUAUGGUAUUUAUGACAAUUGUAUGCUCAGACAGCUGCUACCCACACAGAGGGAAGGAGUGUUUCACCUUCUUCGUCAUGGCGGCUUAGGUCUCUAACAAGUUCUGAGCUCUCCCCAGGCGUCUCGUGGUAGAGCCAUCUUGUCACCAUUUGCGUUGUCUGUGGGGUUUGCUAGAAAUUUACUUGAAACGCCAGAGUCCGAGAAAUACUUAUCAGUUUUUAUAAGCCUAAUCUCUGAGCAGUCACAAUGUAACUACGGUGGAUUUUCCAAGGGGAUGAUGUAAAAUGCAACAGGGAGAGUGGUAUUAUGACCUCAUACACAGGAGUGCAGUCAUACUGGGUAAGCAUUAGCGGCCUGAACUGAGCUGCACUUAAAUUACAGGACAAUGGCUGGGACCACUGUGUUUAGCCAGACGGUCUUGGAUAUGCAGAGGAGCAGGGAGAGGAUGAAAGCAUUACUGGAAAAAAUAGAGUUACUGUGGCAACAGACCCUCUCUAAGGUUCAUCUGCCUCUGAAGGCAGUCCAGAGCAGAGAGAAAGCUGAGCAAAUCAUAAACCUCAUGUCAGCUGAAGUAUUGAAACUGCAGUCAUGUAGCCUGGAGGUUCCCAACAGUAUGAGUCAAGCAAAGAUCUUUAAGCUGCAGUAUGAAACAGGUGUCUAUAGUCAAGCCAUGGAAUUGAUAAGAUAUGCUAAUACAUUGCUAAAGGAUUUAGAAGAGCUGAACGUAUUAGAAUAUGAGAACAACACUGAGAAAGACUAUUAUGAAGAACUGCGCAAAGUAAAAGAAAGCUUUCAAAGGGUUGCAGAACUCCAUCUGAAUAUGCUGAAAGCCACUUAUGAAUUUUACAUCACCUUAAAUAAAGUCUCCAGGUGGUACUGUUCAGUUUUUUAUCAAGUGCAGUUUAAAGAAGCUACAUGCAGUGCUAGUAAGAAGAGCUUGCAUCCUUCAAGAAAAGAGACAGUACCUAUAAACCCAGCUUGGCAAGAGCAUGUUCACAAUUUCCAGAGGGAAAAUCCUCCUCCCGCUGUUGAAGAACUAGUACAUCUUAGACAGUUCUCUAACUUAGCUCCUGAAGUAAAUCAGAAGAAACAAGGAAACUGCCUUUCAUACAGGUGUGUAUUUCCACUUCGCUACACAAAUGUAAUAGUGCUUCACAGAAUUCUCAUUCAGAAAAAUAUAGUGGAUGGACUUGACUUCAAUGAGCUUUUUGAGAACUGA